AUGCCCCAUAAGUCUGAGGAGAACGAGAUCCCGUCCUCGGUCUACCUGAAGGAUCCCCCCCCAUUCCCUCGGGAUGAGAUCCUGGAGGAGGGGGAGGAGCUAACGGAGGGCGUUGUCGACGGUAACCGCGUCCAGGAGAGCGGGCUCUCCACCAUCGACCUAUCAUCUGACGAGGACGAGGGGCUGGAGGCGGAGCUAGAAGAGGAAGAGGAGGCGUGGCCUCAAGAUCUGGAGAACAUGGAGAAAUCCAGAGCAGAGAAAAUGAAGAGAUCCAGCCUCAAGAAGGGCAGGAUAGCGUGUGCUAACGUCCUCAGUGAUCUCUACGCCAUGGGCAUCACAGAGUGUGACAACAUGCUGAUGCUGCUGAGUGUCAGCCAGAAGAUGAAUGAAAAGAGACGGAAGUGCCAGCGCGUGCUGAGAGUCACUGCAGGAGGGAGCCGGACUCCAGGCUCAGUGCCCCAGAGACAGCCAGCUGCUCCUGGAGGGGCUGGAGGGAGAGGGCCAACGCAAAGGCUGUGGAGGAAGCCAGGAAAACCAGCCCAGGGGAGGAGCCUGCACGAGGAACAUACUGGGCGACAUGGCCAACCAGAAUAUCGAGCCGCUCUCCAAACAGAAGGGAGAAAUGCGGAAGUGCUGCAGGAAGAACGCACAGGACAACAGGUUUCCCAGGCAGAGGAGAAGUGGAAUAAGAAGCACAAGAGCCAGCUGGAGAAGCAGAGACUGGAGGAGCUCCAAGAGGAGGUGGCAGCGCUGCAGAGUCAGGUGGAGCAGGGGAGGAGGGAGCAUGCGGCGCUGCUGAAGGCUGAGCUGGCUGCAGCCCGAGCAGCCUGGAGCCGAGACAAACAACAGGAGAUCUCUGUGACCCUGGCCCGCAGUGAGCAGGCGUACCAGAGAAAGCUGGAGCAGGCUGUGCAGCAGGCCGGAGGGGAGGCGGCGCUGCACAGAGAGGAGCUGCUCCUGCAGGUGGAGGCCAAGCUACAGCAGACUGUGAGGGCCCGGGAGGAGGAGUGGAAAUGUCGGCAUGCAGAGGAGGUGCAGGUCCAGAGGCAGCAGGCGAGAGAUGAAUUAAUGACAGAACUUCAGAUGGCUCUGUCAGAGGUCCAGGCACAACUUCUCAGGGAUCCCAGAACAAAUCAGCCCCACACUGAAGACCCCAGGAGGAGCAGCGGGGACACAUCAGAGCUCACAGUCACACACAUCAUCCAAACCGCCUGCAGAGACGUAGUCAACAGAGCAGUGUCUCAAGCCAAGAAGCAAUGGACCAAAAUAAGUGAGGAGAGACUGAGCCUUGUGUUAAAAGAAACACAGGAGCAUCAUGAGAGAGAAAUAGACCAAAUGCAGAGCUCUGUGUCCCAGAGGAAGGAGCCGGCCCGCUGCAGGAAGGAGUGCGCUGAGACUUUAGGAAAGCUGCAGAAGAAGAACCAGGAGCUGCAGAGACACUUAGAGAAAGCCUGUCGUCAGCUGCAGCACAGCGUCCGGGAGCACAACUCUGCCAUGCAGCAUCUCAAAGAUGAGCAUGAAAGCAGCUUGAAAACCAUGAAGGAGGAACAUCUGCAGCAGCUGGAGGAGGUGAAGAGAGCAGAAGAAUCCUCAGGGAGUUCUGAUCACCAACAAAAUACACAAGGCCUGGAAGAGCUGAAGCAGCAAUACGUGACGACUGUAGAAAAGAUCAGAGGAGACAUGCUGCGUUACCUCCAGGAGAGUCGAGAGCGAGCAGCAGAGAUGAUCCACGUGGAGGUGCAGAGGGAGAGGCAGGACACCGCCAGGAAGAUGCGGCGCUAUUAUCUGACCUGUCUGCAGGAGUUACUGGAGGACGGGGGAAAGGAUACAGGGGCUGAGAAGAAAAUAAUGAAUGCUGCUAGCAAGCUGGCAGCCAUGGCUAAAGUACUGGAGACGCCCGUCAGAAUGAAAUCAUCAAAGAACUACAGCUUACAAAGCAGAAAUGCAGGUUUCAGUAAGAACCCUCUGACUCUCACUGAGCUCCCUGACGUCAGGCCAGAGGGGAGAUCGCACAGGGAAAAGGCUUCAGAGCAGAAACAAGUCUCCACAGCGAGGACGAAACCUUCGAGUCACAAAGACCUUCCUGCCACUGAGAAGGAGGCAGCGGCAGUAGAUGCAAGACUGAAAACUGCUGGUAACGCACAUCUCCGCUCUUACAAACCUUCACAUCAGACGAAUUCAUGCCAGGGGGAUUUUGUCGAUGCGUCUGUGAGGAGUAAAAACAGGGAGCUAUGCCUGCAGGGAGUCAACCGCCUUGACUCAGAGCGACAGAGCCAACCGCUCCUCAUCCAGGAGGUUCCUGUCAGAGACGAGAGGAGGACGGACUGGAGCAUGAGCAGCAGUGACUCGGACGCAGGCUUCCAGGCCUCCACACUCUCUUACUCAGGGAGGAAAGUGGAGCAGGUGAAGCCUUUUUCUGUCUCUGCUGCGUCAGCCGGUCACCUGGGAGAGUUUGGAGGACUCACCCCGAACGUUUCUGACCUGACUGUCUAUAACGAAAUGGCCAAAAAGACACCUCACACCCAGACUUUGAGCGUUAAGCAUGCAAAGCUCAGCACACACCGGGAGCCCACGCCUGGCUCAGAGGGCGAGGAGCAGCGGGGGGGCCGUCCCCGGCCUCAGUUCUCUGAGCUGAGACAACGGCAGCAGGACAGCGGCUUCGACAGUCCGUUCUACCAGCAGAAAUGACAAAGUGAGGGCAGGUGUGAAGUGAAGUAGGCAGAUCAGUAAACUUACAUUAACGUGCCUUUUUUUAAAUUAAGUGUUUAACAUUUACUCGAUGUAGAACCGUUGCCUUCAUGGAUGUUUGCAGUGUGUUUCUUUGUGUUGCUUUAACAUUGUUAACAGAAUAGUUUGACAUUUAGGAAAUUGGCUUAUUUGUUUUCUUGGCAAGAGAGAUUGAUACUCUCAGACACUCAGUCUUGAGUUCGCAAAAUAUAAACCUGCAGCCGUACCUAAGUUUAGCGUACAAACUGGAAAUGAGGUGGGAAAUCAAAUCCAAUUGGGUUUUCCAAAGUUCGCUAAAACAACCCACCAGAACAGAAUGUUUGUUUACAAAACAAUGUAGAAUAUAGUUGAGUAGAAUAACAAAUUGUAAUGUUAUGGGGGCUUAUGUGAUGAUAUAGUUCCAGUAAUACUGUGAGUUAACCAAACAAGAAAUAUUUAACAAAUGAAAUAUAAUUUUACACAAGAAAUAAGGUUCAGAGAGACACAGGCUAGUUUUCUCCACAUGUGUUCAGCUUUUGUGCUACGCUAAGCUAACUUUACAGACAUGAUAGUGGUUUCAAUCUUGAUUUACCUCUCAACAAGAAAGCAAGUUAGCGUUCAAAAAUGAACUUUUUCUUUAAUGCAGAAAUUGUUCCAGUGUUUCCAAAGAAACAACUUCUAUGUCCUGGUCCAGAUAAUCUCAGAAAAUACAUAACACUCCUUUUUAAACAAAACCAAAUAUUUGUUUUGUGAUUUGUUUAUUAGAUCUCGAAUACGCCUGUUGAACAUUUCAGUGUAGCUUUAAAGCUGCAGGUGUUUGAUCGCAAUGUCAGUGAGGCACUCCGCAGUAAAUAAGUUACUUAGAAGUGAACCUUUCAUAAAGUAUACGUGUAUUUUUUUUAAAGCAUUAUAGGUCAAACGCUGUCCACACUGUAAUAUUUAACUUGUGAUACCUUGAAGACUGAUACUGGCAGGUCACUGCACCCUGUACUGUAGACUGCCAGAGAGAACUAGAUUAAGUGUUCUGCCCCUCCGUCGUUAUGUCUGUUUUUAUAUUUUCAUAUAUUUUAUAUAACGUUAAUGAGAUAUGCUGUGCGUAGAUCAUAAAUGUUUUUUUUUUUAUAAAUGUAUUUAAUUUGUUUUAAUAAAUAUUAUCAUAUGCUUGCAAAUU